UCUCGCCGUUCGACAGCAGUGCUGAUGUGAUGAUCCUUCCUUCGUAUAAUAUAUUUUAAAAUGGCCGUCCGCCAUGGUCACGACGGAUAGCGAACGAUAGUGUGUUUUGCGGAGUGUAUUCGUGAAAAAAGAGUGUCUGACGGCGUCUGCAGCUCAUUCCGCGAGUGUGACGUGCUAAAUUUACUAUAAAUGCAGAAGAAUAGUCGUGUUGUAUAACGAGAGUGACGAAAAUUCGAUCAGGAAAAUCGGCCGGAAGGUUGGACCAUUUUUUUUUUACUAAGGAAAGACUGAAAAGCCUCGUCGACGGACGCGAAAAAACUUCCCGGGAGCGUUUUUUCGAUUCUUUCGUUUCUCUUCCCUCGGUUUGGAGCUUUCCCUUUCUCACUCCCUAUCGCGGGCGCGCUCUGGUUGUGUGUGGUGAGCUGUCUGAUUUUUUUUUGUUUUCUUCUUGUGGAUGUGUUUGUUAAAUGGUGGUGUUCUAUUGCGUAGAAACAGCAGAUGAAAAAAGUAAUCAGUAAAUAAACUUAUGAACAUCUCUUUCGGAAACCAGCAACACGGUUUUUAUAGUUCAGAAAAAAACUGCAAAAGCAGCGCUCGUCGGUGUACCCAUCAAGUGUUCUCGAUCAAAAAUGCUACGUGGAUGUUUGUAUAUGUUUUAUUCGAGAAAACAUUCGUAGGGGCUACACUGGAUAAGAUCCUCGUCGGUGUAUUUUUAUUGGCUGCCCCGCGUCGUCGUGGAUGUCUCCAUCAUUACGUUAAUAAAUAUUGAAGUGUACUGAAUGUAAUGUCAAUGCGCCGUUUAUAAAGAAAUAUGAGCAAAGUGAUAAAAGCAAACAAGAACAGGAACAAGUUGGAAGGGCGAUCAUCGUUUUCAGUGCUCCUUUCGAAAAACACACAAACACAUGGCUAAGCCAAGUGAGGGCAGAAAACCAAUCUACAAUAUCACUGAAUCGUUCAGGUGGAAAAGUUACUUAUUCGCGAUUAAUAGUGCCGUCUAAUGGGUGGGCAAUAUGAAAUAUGUUAAUUUUUGCGGCCAACAAGCUCGAAGUCAAGUGCUGAAGCAUUGCUGUAGUAAAAGUUGGAGGACGACAGUUAAAGUGUUUUUUCUUCCAAACAAACUCAUAAGAAUCAAUGAAUUGUGAAUAAGAUUCAGAAAGUGCAAUAAUGUUUCUGGCAGAUUCAAAGUUGAGCCUAACCGAAACAUACAAGACAAACGUUGGCUUGUGAAGUGCGAUAGAAAGUGUGUUUAAACUAAACGUCGAGUUAUUUUUUUGACAGAAAACUAGCAUCCCGCAAUUUGGAGUACAGAAGUGAUGAAAAACAGAUUAACGCAGGUGUUGAACGAGAGAGAAAAUCGAGAUCUUUAAGUGUUCACAGCUUCCGUUUCCUAAUUUCUUGUGUUUGUCGAAGUUGUACAGUUAAUUAGAGUAGUAAGAUGAACCGGAAUCCGGUGAGACUGGAGUGUUCCUUUCGCUAUAAUAUCAACUAUCGUUACUACUGCUGGUGCUACUACUACUCAAGCCGUGUAUGCGGUGGCUCGUCUUCGUCAGCUUGCCAUUCAAGGAAAAAUCCCGUCUCGUAGUCACUGGUUGUAGGAUACAUCAUUCCUACCGAUUAUUGCUGCUUCAUAACCACGCAACCGUCACAAAAGACACUGUAACUGUAUAGAUAGAAAAAAGCAGGAAAAUCCUUAAAAAAGACGCAAAGCGAAACUUUGUGCACUUUGUAACAUCCGAAAAGAUUUCGCCUCUACGUUAUCCCAUUUAGAAUAUGUUAGGUAUAAGUCGACGAGGAGUGAAUGCUGGACCGCCCCUGAGCUUGCCAUCUACACUGGAGGACUCUACGAAUAACUGGAAAGGUACACCUUCGGGGCCCGCUGAUCCAUCGCAGCAACCCGGUGGACCAGGAGCUGGUGGUCCAGGUGGAGGCGGUGGUCCUGGAGGUGGUGGAGGUCCUGGUGGUCCUGGUGGUGGCGGUGUGAACAGCUUCGGUGGCCCAGGAGGCGGAAACAAUUUCGGCGGGCCGGUGUUUCCUGCUGCCGGUCAAGGUUCUCCUGCGGGAGGAUCCGGUGCCAAUAGUUAUCAAAACGUCCCUCCCGGGACUGGCUCAAAUACCCCGCAGUAUACGGCGUCACCGGCUCCAUCGGGAUCCAGUACGCCAGGUCCAGGGCCGCCACAAAACGUAGGCUCUGGAUUUCCACCACCAAACGCAGGAGCUGGCGGACCCGCCCCUUACAAUGGACCCGGUGGAGGACCUGUUGCAGGAGGUCCAUUCGGUUCACCUUCUGCUAACGGUCCUCAGUUUGGUCGACCUGGUAGUUCUGGGUCAGCAUUUGGUAGCGGGCCACAUUUUACGUCGCCUGGUGGUCCCGGAAGCUUUGGUGGGCCGCAAUUUGGUAUACCUCCCGGGUCACCAUUUGGUCAUGGGCCCAACGGUCCCAACAUGGGCGGACCGAUGAAUCAAGGACAUAUGAUGAGUGGUCCGCAGCCAGUUGAUCGAAUGGAUCAAAGUCAAUUGAACGUUCCCAGAAGGCAUGCAUACGUUGGACAACCUGACUAUAGAAUAUAUGAAUUAAAUAAGCGAUUACAGCAAAGAACUGAAGAAAGUGAUAAUAUUUGGUGGGACGCGUUCGCAACUGAAUUCUUCGAAGACGAUGCAACCCUAACGCUAACAUUUUGCUUGGAAGAUGGACCAAAAAGAUAUACUAUAGGACGCACACUAAUUCCUCGUUAUUUUCGAAGUAUUUUCGAAGGCGGUGUAACCGAAUUGUACUUUAACCUGAGACACUCAAAAGAGUCGUUUCAUACCACCUCCAUCACAAUUGACUGCGAUCAAUGCACGAUGGAAACGCUGCAUGGGAAGCCCAUGUACACCAAGUGUUUGCAGGUAUUCACUGAGGGUCGGCUAAUACUGGAAUUCACCUUCGAUGACCUGAUGCGAAUAAAGUCAUGGCACUUUGCGGUACGGGCUCACCGGGAGCUUAUACCUCGUUCAGUGGUUGCGAUGCACACUCAGCAGCCUGAUCCAUCCAUGCUGGAACAACUGACGAAAAAUAUCACCAGACAAGGAAUUACCAACUCGACACUAAACUAUCUGCGCCUGUGUGUGAUAUUAGAACCGAUGCAGGAAUUAAUGUCCAGACAUAAAGCGUACUCGCUCAGUCCGCGAGAUUGUUUGAAGACGACACUAUUUCAGAAGUGGCAGCGAAUGGUAGCACCACCCGCGUUAAAAGCGUCUUACUCCAUUUCAGAUGCGCAACGUCCAGCCAAUAAACGGAGGAAACGCAAGGGCUCGAGCUCCGGAGCAGGGGCGGGUAAUGCCGGUCCGCCAGUGCCGAGCAAGAAACGAUCGCCCGGGCCGAAUUUCUCGCUGGCGUCUCAGGACGUGAUGGUCGUGGGUGAGCCUUCAUUGAUGGGCGGAGAAUUUGGCGAGGAAGAUGAACGGAUGAUUACCAGGUUGGAAAAUACACAAUACGAUGCAGCAAACUCACUGGAGCAUGAAGGUCAUAACGCUUUCGGCGGUCAUAACGAUUCUCCAAUGACAGGUGGGGGCCCCGGUGGUCCCAACUCCUGGCAGGUGGAUCGAGGUGGUGGUCCUGGACAGCCCAACAACAGUGGACCGGCCAGUCAGGAAUCGGACAAGAAGAGUCCUUCGGUGUCCCAGUGACAAUUGUAAUACUAUAGGGUGAAAGAGGAAAACCAGUAAAUCCGAUCCGGCUUGUGGCGGAUCAUUUGUCCGUUUUCGACGAUGGUGUAGCACCCUAUAACUAUCUGAAAGAAGAAAAUUCAAUGUAAGGUUUUUGAGAAAAAACUCGAACGAACAACAAACGUGUCAUCAGUACACAACAGACCCAAACUUAGACGGAACAUAUACCAGCACAGAGGCGGUGGUUGGCUUGUUGGAGUAAGCUAAGCGAGGAUCCGGUAUCCGGAUCCUUAGGAGCCUCAUUCGACGAUUACCAAACACUGCCUCAGUAAUAUGUGUAAAUCCCGUAGCCAGCCUGCGGUUGCGUACAAGAUUUCUUAGUGUUUAAUUACGAUCAAGAGCACUGAAUACUUAAAGCAAGAUUUGGAUCGUAGACAAGUGGUGUGGGCAUUGAGCUUUAAUAAACGGAAAAGAAUUUUUCACAUUCUUCACUUGCAAGCUAAACGAAAAAACACUUUACGGUGAAUUCUGACACCUGUACUCUGAAUGCCAAAUUGAAUCAAUUACGGGUUCAUUCGUGAUCUCAUUUGCUUCUAAAUGUGUAUCGGAAAGUCACUAAGCCAUCUCGUACCAACGUGUCCGCUCAUUUGGUUUCUUGGAGUAUGGAUGGCUGAAGUAGUCAGUUAUGUCUACGAUAUUCUAUUCAAAAUUGAUUAAUUUUCAUUAUUGAUCCGCAACGUCAUUCUAUAGACUGUGUAGCCAAAUGUUGUAAAAUUUUUGCGCAACACAGUGGAACUAAAUUCUAUUUCUCUGUGAAACUAAAAUCCAGAAAACAUCUCGUAAAAAUAAAACUUUGCUACAUGAUGUUCUUACAUUAUUUCAAAAACAAAUUUCAGUCCUAAUUAUAAUCAACCAUGCGGGAUGGAAGUAUACCUGUUCGAAAUCUUUACUAUACAGACGUAAUUUAUUUUAAAGUGAUCAGUGGACUUUUAUCACUUGUUUUAAAUUUAAUCUUUCCAAAUUCUAUAGCUCAAACGGGAAGAGUAACAUAGUGCUAUCCUGUAAUAAUGAAAAUUGCAGAUGUUGAAAAAUUCUUUCCGCGCGAAAGCAGCCUGCCCCAGCAGCUUUAAAUUAGGACACUAAAAGUCAGGCAAAUGGAAUUAGAGUAGUCAGUAUGAGAAACCAGGCUUUAGAGAGCAGAAUUUUGAUUCGGAACCAUAUAACACAUUGAAAGAAUAAAAAGAGAGAAACAAAAAACAAGAAGCACGGAAAUGCCCGUGCUUAGUGCGGAGGAAUUUUCGGGCGGAAUUUUUGCAAUAUAUAGAUAUCCUGUUUUUCGGAGAAAAACACGUUCAGUUUUGAUUAGAAAACGGAACCGGGUCGUAUCAAUAUACGCAAUGGCAACGCGAAGUUAAUCAGAAUGGAAACCAAUAAACAAAACACUGGAAAAUAAGUAAAAAUAAUACAACGACAGAGCUUUUUUUCGUAAAAUAAAGCUACAUGUCGAUUUAGAGCGAAAGGGAAAAAAGCGACCCGUGUGCUAGUGUAAAUGAUGAAACCAAUCCUUAAGCUUAGAUGUAUAUGAUAGUCGAGCGGUGUAAAUGUGGGGAUUCACUAUUUUUCGUUUCUGUUCGUUUUCCCUGGAAUCAUGGAAUGUCGAGUGAGAGUAUAUAUGGGAUAUCUUUCGGUAAAAAUAUGUUAGUUUUUAUUUUUCGAUUAUUAUUUAUUAAAAAUCAAAUUAACAAGUGACGGGAACGGUGAUUCUCCCAGGAAAAAGAAAACGUAUUCUUAGGAAAGACGGUUUUCUAGUUUAAAAAGCAUAAUUUACCGACAUGUGGGACAAAACACACCACACCAAAUUUGCUAGCCCAUUACUCAUCAAGAGAUGAUGUAUAAAAAUAAUUCACCUGAGAGGAGAAAACAUGAACGUUUGUAAAAAGAAACACAAUUCAAAAAACCAUUAUGCAUCUUUAAUCUAAUCAAAACACAUACACUGAAACUCUCACACAGGAAGCAAAAUGCGACAUGGAAUUUCGCGACGAAAAAAGCAUAACAUAAUACAAAUCAAUAGUAAAAUUAUCCUUGGAACGCAGACGCAGAAAAAUAGCACAGAAAUAUCGGAACGAAUGUUGAACCCGAAUGAAAGUGUAUCUGUAAAAUCUAGUAUUUUAAUGUAUUAAAAUAGGAAAAUUAAAAUAUUCUCUAAAGAAGCAAAGGUAAAUAUAAAUAAUUACGUUUUUGAAGCAGAAAAAAAGUAAAGCAAGACGGAAGGUAAAUUAUUUUAAUCAUGAAUCUCUUUUUAAAAAAUCCAUAAAAUCACGACAAAAAGAGGACAUCCGCGAGUAAAAUCCGAAUAAUAAUCCAAAAAAAAAA